CACCGCUGCCGCAUUCCCGCGGUCGCCAUUACUGAAAAUUUCGCGCGCAAAUACUCGUCACAGAUAACAAAUGCAAUAAAUGUAUGAUGCGUGUCUAAAAAGUAUUUAAGUGCUAUUUAUUAAAUAACUGGCUCAACAGCUCUAGGUUCUAGCCUGUUCUCAUGUGAAUAUAAUGUGUAAGGAUAAUUUUAAUUAAAAUAUGGGUUGAGAGCAGUAAUGUUAAAGCAACUAAGUACUAUGAGUAACGCAAAACUUUUGUUCAAGAAUAGAAAUGAAUGCUAGUGAUGAUGUCAAAUAUAACUAACCGAGUGUGGUUUUUGUAACUGUAAUGCCUAGAACUGAGCAUUGAACUUUGGAUGGAGUAGUUUUUAUUAAAGGGUACGUCAAUCUACCGGCGAGCAACAAAAAAACUAUGCCCACUCAACAUGGAUCGAAUAUUGGAAAUCAAAAACAGAAUGCCUGCCAAGAAUGUAAUCUUAAAAUGGUUGCGGGCAAAGCAAGGCAAACGCAAAGAAUCGCCAUGGCGCUAGCAAGCGAAUAACCACUAGGGAAAUAUGAAUGCGACCAGAUCAGAAAUACUGGUGGCAAGAAGCCAAUCUGAUAUUUCGCUAAAACAACCAGAUUUUUUUCUCGAAUCUGCAGGAUUUCCUUUUAACACUGUACUGGAGUAUAAUAUUAGUUUUGAAAAUGGCACAUACAAUUACACAGUUGAUUUAGAGGAGCCGUGGAAUGAAUAUAUCAAACUUCUCCAAGACCGUGCAGUUCUGGUUGCCUUUUUGCUUUUAUUUUCCUUGACCACUGUGUUUGGAAAUAUGCUGGUCAUUCUCGCAGUUGUAAGAGAGCGCUAUCUACACACAUCCACAAACUACUUCGUUACAUCACUUGCAGUGGCAGAUUGUCUCGUCGGCUUAGUGGUGAUGCCGUUUUCUGCACUCUACGAAGUUUUGGAGCAUACUUGGUUUUUCGGUGUUGAUUGGUGCGACGUCUGGAGAUCACUGGACGUCUUAUUUAGUACGGCGUCAAUUCUCAACUUGUGUGUGAUAUCUUUGGACCGGUACUGGGCUAUAACAGAUCCCAUUACAUAUCCGAUGCGCAUGAGUGGACGGAAAGCUGCAUUUCUCAUAGCAGCCGUGUGGGUGUGUUCGGGUGCUAUAUCAUUUCCAGCUAUCGCGUGGUGGCGUGCAGUGCGAAUAGAAGAGGUCCCAGAUUAUAAGUGUCCGUUUACGGAAAACUUGGAGUACAUCAUAUUUUCCUCCACGAUAUCAUUUUAUUUACCUUUAUUUGUGAUGGUGUUCACGUAUUAUCGUAUAUAUCGUGCUGCAACAAUACAGACGAGAUCUUUAAAAAUCGGGACUAAACAAGUGAUGAGACCGAGUGGUGAGUUAGAGUUGACGUUACGUAUUCACAGAGGUGGAACAGUGCGUAAGAGAAACGAAGUGUGUCAUGGUGCUUGUACUCCUGAGGAAGCCGAUCAGGAACCUUUGACCGCGUUACAAAACAAUGGACUUUCUCGUUCGUCAACGCGUCUAACAAACGUGGCGCACAACAAACAUUUGCCAAAAAACUUUUCCCUAUCGCGAAAAUUCGCAAAAUUUGCCAAAGAGAAAAAGGCAGCAAAAACUCUAGGCAUCGUGAUGGGUGUGUUCAUAGUGUGCUGGUUGCCAUUUUUUGUAGUGAACCUCCUAUCGGGUAUUUGUUCGUCGUGCAUCACUCACGAAGAAAUCGUCAACGUAGUGGUGACGUGGUUGGGAUGGGUCAACUCCUCGAUGAACCCAGUCAUUUACGCCUGCUGGAGCAGAGAUUUCAGAAGGGCUUUUCUUAGAAUUAUAUGUGUGUGCUGCCCGAGAAAGCUGCGGCGAAAAUACCAGCCGCAACUCCGCUUCAAGCAAUCACAGUAUCCAGUGACAACAAUGACGUAUUCAUCGGUUUCGCAGCACGAGAUGUGUCGGCUGUGACAUCAGGCGCGUGCGGGGACGUGCCGCCCGCUCCGCACGCGCUGCUCCUGAUGUAGGGGCCGCCGCUCCCUGCGCUCCGCCAGGAGAGAUGGCGACACACCUUCCAAUGACUACCCAAUGAGGACAAUAGAAGAACCGCACACAUACGACGACCGUAUCCAAUGCCUGGAACGUCACAUCUAUACCGAGACCUCCUUUUGCCCAGAUUCGGAGUCAGUCAGCGAAAUUAGCAUAGAAAGCGAAUCCAGAAAACCCUCUAUCAAACAUAAUCUUAGCAAAAAAAAGAAAGUCACUUAUCAAACUAAA